GCAGUGAACAGUUGACAGUGGACACGAGUGUGGGAAGUGAAGGUGGGUAACAAAAGUUGGCACUGCCAAUGAAACUAGGCGGGUGGACAUUUCCCAACGUAUGUGGAUAUGUCAAGUGGGGGAACAAGGGGAUUGUGAUGCAUCGAUUGAUGGGAGAGUAGACGAUUGGAGUGGAGUCGUCGAAGGAUGUCGGAUAGGAUGGUUGGAGUGGAGGUGGAGUCGGGAGUAGAAGAUGAAGAAGAAGAGAAGAUAGGCAGCGUUCACGUGAUCCUUCGAUAUGGACUCUGCAUCUCUGGUCGAAUCUCUUUCUCUCACCAGUCCAGAACCAAAGAAUGCGAUCUCAAACCGAUCGGAAUCCCGAUAGAGACCCCCGGACCACUGCGGUUCGAGAACACGAGUCAUGUCAAUCCCUCUCUCCACUCCCAGGGGGUUUGGUGGAUCCAUUUCCGCAUGCUUGUUUCCUCCCCUUUCUUCUCUCUACAAUUGACAGAAUUGUUCCGACCACAAAGAAUAAAAAACGAUAGGGAAUCAAAGGGAAGAAAAAGAAAAGGAUGCGGCAGCCAUGAUCUCCACCAUCCGUUUUUCCCGACGCCACCUCCUGAUCUAAUCGCGUCUCGAAUAUCUCCGCCGAUCAUCUUAUCAUCCUUGUUCGUUCGAGCCCCUUAAGACGGCCCCUCAACACGCGACGACAUGGCCAACAGUUCGGACAAGAUCUCCAUUACUAUCUGUGGAGAUGGAGGAUGCGGUAGGACUGUUCUUUAUUGAGUCUUACCUAGAAGUGCCUUCUGAUCGAUUGCCGUCCAGGAAAAUCAUC